UUCGACGUACCACAUCAUUCUUUGCUUCAAUGACCGUGGUUUCCUAUGAGGGAACUACAAAUCCUUCGCUGAGUACGAGGACAUGCACGUGCUGCCGGGCCCCCGUUUGGAGCCGUGGCACAGUGUUCCACUGCGUCCCUCUGGUGCUGUGAUGCUGUCCGCACUGCCACCAGCCUUGAGGAUUGCCAUGCUCCAGUUUCAUGAUGGAUCGGCACUGGAGCUCUUGUCCAGCACAAAGGCUGCCUUGCGAUCUUUAUCUGGUGUGCAAAAUGUGGAACCGACCAUCCAUGAAGUGCGACUGUACUUCACCCAAGUCAAGGCACUACGCAACACUGAGAUGGGGAAAUGGCUAGCCCAGCAUGUGGUCGCAGAUUUUGCAACGUUGAAAGCCAUGUUUCAAGACCUGCAAGAUGGCCAAAUGUCCAUGGAGGAAGUUGGCAAGGUGUGGUUGCCCAAAGAGGCUAGGGGCCUUGAGGAUGCAGAGAUCGUGAUCUGUAGCGAACCCAUGUGGCUGUGUCCAUACAUUCGACCCAGGAGAACGUCGGCGAUGCUGGGUGUUCUGCACAUGGCCUUGCUCAAUGAGUUUCCCACUACCAGGCCAGAGGACGUUUGGAGUUUCUGGUCUGGCUUCAAGUCUAUGCUUGAGGAGCGUCGUUUGUUACCAUCUGCAGCAUGUCGCAUCACUGUUGAGCAGGUGGCACAUCAAAGUGGUUGGGAGCUCCCCUAUGUGCCUUUCAUUGGGCUUGGCAUAGAUGCCAGGUACUCACCAGGCUUGGAGAGAAGAGCGUUGGUGUUCCGGAACAAUCGACAGAACACGCUUGCUUUCCGAAGCGCCCUGCGGAUGUUUGUGGACUCAAUACCAAAUUUUCCGGUGCAGGUUUUGGACAUGAACGACAUCAAACGUGCCCUCAGUUUUCAUGAGAUUGCAGAGUUUCACUGCGUGAUCAUUCUGCCGCAUGGUCCCAAUGCCUUGCGUUUGUCCGAUGUUUAUGCGGCGACCAUCCCCACAGUGGUGCCAGAGGAGCCCCUGGUGCAAAACUUCAUUUGGAGCAGCAGAACAUUUGGAGGCUACGACGCAGAGAUGCGGUACUUGGAUCGUGCGCCGGAAGCCUUGCGAGCCAAUCAAUUCCGUCCGACAGAAUUUCAUCCCACCAACUACUUGCAAUCUUGGUCCGUUCAUCGCUUCAUCGACGACCGGCGCUAUUGGUAUCGGUACACCGAAUGGGCCACCCUACCCCACUUGCUACGCUUUGGCUCGGUGCCUGCCUUGCUUCAUCUCUUAGAAGACCUCACGGCCCAACGAGGCUUGGAGGUCUCAGCAAAGAUGGCUCGACAUCAUGUUUCCAUGGCUGCUGAUGCGCUCAGCUGGCACCGAGGAUUGGUUGUUUGGUGGAAAAGUGUGCAGAUUGAUAUGGAGCAACCUCAGCCAGCAGCUGCCACGCUGACGAUUGGAGGCACCAUGACCGCCAGCCAAUCCGGCACGGGGUCUUCGUCAAGCGCAGUGCGAGAUCGGCUUAGUGUCCUGGCGCAUUGUGCCAAAGGAGGCACUGUGAGCUUUGGCCCCCCCAGACCACAGCCCAAGGCAGCGCAAGUAGCGGCCACACCAGACUCCCUACUGACGCCAAUGGUGGGUCCGGCAGCAGCUGCUUGGGUGCCACAGGCACUUGAGCUACCGGAGGCAGAAGAGGCUGCUUCAGGAAUCGGUGCAGAAGUGGAGUACGAGGAGUUACCACAGCAUCAGACUAGCCGCUAUUUGGGGCAGUACUUUGGCAACUGUAUCCCGCGUUUGGAUGGCUCCAGCGAACGCCCUAGUUUGGCGGGAAAACUGCGUUCUGGGGAACCCCGAGCCAAGUCCUAUGCACCAGCCAAGACUCUGGGAGAGGCUGUGGCUCCUUGCUAUGUUCAUCCGCCCAAGUGGUCCUUUGGAGGGGGAAAGUCCCGAAGCACUACCUUGUCAGCAACUGAUGGAGGUAGCCAUUCUGUUGGAAGUUUUGCCAGUUUGAAACGUCGCCCCAAACGCACCCUGUCGCGUGGCUUUGGCACUGGUGGCCGAACCUCCUUGAGGCCAAGCUCUGAGUCGCCGGGCCCUGGCACCUAUGACCUCUUUCGGGUGGGAGAUGAGGUGCCUGUGUGGGCAUCAGGAUCUCGCCUGCCUUGGGGCACACGCACAGGUGGCCGCACCAAGCUGGUGCAUUCUGCUUCAGAGGUGGGACCUGGCGAGUAUACCGCAGAGCAUGGCCUGGUGCCAGCUGGUCCCACAGCCAAGAUCGGACAGAAGAUCAAAGAUCUACCUGACUCCAGGAUCAACUACCCAGCCCCAGGGCAUUAUCCGGUGAAGGGCACUGUGGCCCAAAAGAAACCCUACCAGAAAGGAUGUGACAGCCCCGGUAUCAUGGGAUCUGGACAACGUUCAACGCUGUCAGGCAAAGAUGAGGGCCCUGGCUUUGUCUACAGUCCCGGCGUCGAGGCCAGCAGCCAUGCGCAAACCUGGGCCCAAGGUGAGCGAAAAAGCUGGUUGGAUGCGGAUCCAGAUGAGCCACCAGGGCCAGGAGCCUAUGAUCCACAAGACUCUUUGGAUGCCUACAAUGGAAAGCGGUCAGGCUGGCCAAAGGAUGAGAAACAGCACCGAAAGAUGGCAGGGCUGCUGCCUGCAGACAACCCUGGUCCUGACUAUCAUGUGCCCCUUGAGAGAAUUGGAUGGAAGAUUGGAUUCCGAGGGCGCCUAGCACCUCCCAAGGAGGAGCAAAGGGUGUCUCCGGAUGCAUACCAUCCCAACACAGAGCUGGUCACUUACUGUGCCGGCGUGCCAAGGCCGUUGCAUCGCACGGCAGAGCGUCGAAGCAUCUUCGACGUGGGCGCAGGGGGAAACGAAGGUGCUGCCGAGGCCCUAUUUAAGAGCGCAAUGAAAAGCAUGGAGUCAGCUGAUGGCGACACAACGAAACUUUCGCAGAUGUACGAAAGCACGACUCCCAGUUGGUCCUUUCUGCCGCGGCGAGCGGAGCUGCAGAAGAAGCCCCAGGAUCAAUGCGCAAAUAUGUACGGACCUUGGUCAUCUUUUGGCUAA